AUGAUAGCACCAGCAUUGGAGGCUGUUGAGUAUCAUGACGAGACCCUGCCCGGCGCCUUUCUACAACCCUCACCUUACCGUGGAACACCGACGCCCGAUAUCGACGCCCGUUGGGAGAAGCUCUGGGACUGGGGUGCGUUCAAUGUACCCGAAGACAAAAUUCCCCUCCUGAACAAAUCAACGGACGAUCCGUGGCAUCACACGGACCCGAGUCAUGGCGGCGGCGUGGCCGGACUCUUCUGGGGCUUUCAUCAAAUCCACUGCUUGGAUCUCCUCCGUCAGAUGUCCUAUAAAGAGGAAUACGAGAAAUCUGGGCAGAGGCUACCGUCUAUUCUCCGUGACCCCGAGGCACUUCGCCGAACGCAUUUAGACCACUGCAUCGAACUUAUCCGUAUGGACAUGAUGUGUCAAGCGGACGUGACGCCAUAUUUAGUCUUGGACCGCCCGGAUGACUCGACGGGUGCAUUAAACAUUGACUUUUCUGUCUUUAAAAGGUGUCGGGAUUUUGGCAAGGUUGCAAAUUGGAUGAAGGACCACAUUGCCAUAUCAAGCGUGAGGGACAGCGAAGGUCAUCACUCAAGAUAG